AUGGGUCGGCCGAAAAGUCGACGUGCACUCAGUGCGAGUCGAUUUCAGGAAGGCUCAAUGAAUGAUAGGACUUCUGCUGCGCCCCCAGUGCACUUUCUGGGCCCUGAAGAGCGCGCUGCUCUGGAGCGACCUGCUCUGACAAGCAUCAAAUCCAAUAAUUCGCGACCGAUGAGCGACGACUUCUCCGACAAGCAGGUCAAGCGAGGAAGACUUCUGGGUCAAGUUUGGGAUGAGGUGAGAGGCAGACUGGGAUUUAAGAGGGAUAAUGAAGAAGAGAGAGGGGCAAGGAAGAGGUCGAGGAGCCGUAAGCGAGAUCAGUCUGAACAACGAGGCAGACAAAGGGAGAGGGAGAAUGGUUCUAGAGAUGGGCCUGCGGAGCUCAAGACCGUGGAAGAGACUCCAAGGGAGGAUAUGCCCAGCCGAGAAGAGAUAUUGGCCAACUAUCACAAUUUGAUGGCUUCAGGUUUCUUCUCGUCGCAUGCUAUUCAGUCUACUAGACAACCACCUCCCGGUUCUGUUCAGACCUCACACCACCUAUCUGCCCCGCCUCAUGCGACAUCUCUUAGAGACGCCUUAUCUCGAGCCACCACGCCUCAAGAUGGUAUUCCCCAUGCCCCAAACUACGAUGCACCUUCACCACCCAAGUCGCCUACCAAGAUCAAGCACUUGCAGAAGCACCACUUACGUCCCGAUGGCCCAGGAGCUGCUACUUAUGAAGAGCUCGUUGCAUCGGGGUUCUUCACACCCCCAAUCUCUGACAGUGCUCCACCACCAACUCCCAUUGGAGCUGCCCCAGCUCCAACUGUUUAUACAGGCCGUAUGUCGCGAGACUAUCUGCAGCCGCCUCGACAGACCAGAGGAUCUCGAGCAGCAACGCCUUCGGCUUGUCGUGCGCCUUCUCCUAUUCGAUCACCUGCCAGUGCCUCCUCCCGAGGAACAAAGCGCGCAGCAGCCGACUCAAACUCUGAGGAUGAAGAGGAGAAUGCAUCUCGUGACCCUCCAACCCCAAAGAAGAAGCUACGUAAGUCUGCUUCUCGAGAUAUCACCCUACCGAAACUGCGAAAUGUCGCUUCUCGCCGCAACAUGCUCUCAUCACGACGUAGUGUGUCGGGGCCUCAUGGAGCUAGCAAGGAGCAUAACACACUCGCUCGCCGUGUCCUAGGCCGUCUUCCUGGAGGCGGUGGUCGAGGCUCCUUAGACAUCGACCGCCGACCUGGUUCUGCUUCUAGAAGGAGCAUCGAUGAGUCUAGACAGCCACUGCAAGAGGUCCAAUAUACGCGAAUCCUACGUUCGCGAAAGAGCGCUGCGGAAGGACUCAGUGUCGUACCAAAUGCUAACAGGGGCAUCCCAAAGGUUCCUAACAUUCCUGAAAAGUUUGCCGCCUACGAUGAAGACGCUGAGAACACGGCUCCAGCAAUUCGCUCUCGUUAUUAGUCUGAUGUUGGCGUCUUGAUUUUUUCACUAUAUUGUUAACAUACAACAGCACGCGAGACACUUAUGGACAGCGGAUAAUGGCGGUGGUGAGAUGGAAGCAUUAGCUCAGAAGCUCUGCAGCGGCGGAUCGAACGACUCUUGACGCGGCCACGACCUUGUUUUUGUUUCUGGGACUUUUACGAACGAAUUACUCUUUGUAUAUUCACGUGGGAGAUAUCCAUGAUGACAUGCGACAUGAUUGAUUUUUCUGAUGUCUCCUCAUCCGUUGGAUAGAGGCUUCCUGCACUUGGGGUAUCGGUUGGGAAGGGGGUAUAGGUUUUGAUCUUGGGAGGGAAUGGGAACAGUGGUGGAACACGGUCCUUGUCUGAUAAGUAGCCUGUGCUCUUGGGAUCAAGGCCGACGGAAGGGUAACGGCGUUGGGGGUCAUAUGUAUUAAUUAACGAUUCU